UUUUGUUAGCUGAUCCAUUAGCUGAAAACCCCUAAUAACGAUCGCGAUGCGGCCAAUUAAGCGACCAUUGUAAAGAUUGUUAAACGGUGUACUAUAUUAUUUCACAGCCGAGCGAGUCACCGAUUUAGCUAUAAAAGCCUUAGUCCCCAUCAGCAGAGACAAAUUCAGUUCAGAUACACCGACCUAGCAUCAUGCAGUCUACUCCAAUCAUUCUGGUGGCAAUCGUCCUCCUCGGCGCCGCACUGGUGCGAGCCUUUGACGAGAAGGAAGCCAUGGCCAAGCUGAUGGAGACAGCCGAGGGCUGCAUUCCGGAGGUGGGCGCCAGCGAUGCCGAUCUGCAGGAAAUGGUCAAGAAGCAGCCAGCCAGCACAUAUGCCGGCAAGUGCCUGCGCGCCUGCGUGAUGAAGAGUUUCGGAGUACUGGGCGCCGACGGCAAACUGGACACGGAGGCAGGUCGCGAGAAGGCCAAGCAGUACACGGGCAACGAUCCGGCCAAGCUAAAGAUUGCCCUGGAGAUCGGCGACACCUGUGCUGCCCUAACUGUGCCGGAUGAUCACUGCGAGGCCGCCGAAGCCUACGGCGCUUGCUUCAAGAGCGAGGCCAAGAAACAUGGACUCUUCUAACAAUUAAUACAGCCCCACCGCCUGGACACGCCGAUAAAGUUACCUGGAAUCCCACACUUGUAUCUAUAAGUUUUGAUUAAUCGAGGUCGAGUAAA